AUGCCUUCGCAUUCGUACAGCGCCAAAGGAGACCUCUGCGACAUUAUGCCGGAGUUUGGCAUGGCUCUGAAAACCAUCUAUGAGGACCUCAACGGUGGUGAUGUUCUAGAAGACACUAUCUAUCACAACACAAAGUCUCACCACUUGUUGUCAUGGUCAGAACAAACGAGUAAACGUUCGCCAAACCUGGCGGCUCAGAUAUCUGAACACCAGAAUGAGCAAGAGGAGGAGGAGGAACACAACCAGGACUUUGAAGAGAAAAACCAGGAGGAGAUCAGAGCCUGUUAUCACCUGUCUCCAGACACAGAGGCAGAUGAAGAAGAAUGGAGCGCUCCUCCGUCCCUAACGAAGGUCAAUGGGAUCCAUCACAGCCCCAGUCCACCUGCAGACGAUACUCUUAUGAAGAGACUCCGAAUUGGACAGCAGCUGCACGAAGAUGCCCUCUCUGCUUACAUGAACAGAAACAGUGCAGGGAUCUUGAUGGAGGAGUAUGGCUCUGUAAGAGAGUUCAGCGACAGUGAGGAGGAGCUCCAGACGCCCAGGAUGGAGGAGCGAGGAGGUGUUUGGGGCCCAGGUCUGGUGGCCAGACGUCUGGAGCUGGACAGGGCCCGACUAAACCUCAGUCUUCUAGAGCAGGCCAUGGUGCUGCAGUCUGAACAUAGACAGGUCCUCCACAGUGCCUACAAAGACAUGGACCGCUUCCUCCUGGAGCAGAUGAACCAUGAACGGAGGCAGCAGCGGAUGCUGGAGAUAGACGCUCGGACCAUGUACCACAGCAGCAAAGAUUCCCCUCGGACAGAAAAGAAAGACAUCAAAUGUCCGACCCCGGGCUGUGAUGGGACGGGUCAUGUGACAGGCCUCUACCCUCAUCACCGGAGUCUAUCAGGAUGUCCCCACAAAGUCAGAGUGCCCCCAGAGAUCCUCGCCAUGCAUGAAAACGUCCUCAAGUGUCCGACACCUGGCUGUACAGGAAGAGGUCAUGUCAACAGUAACCGUAGCACGCAUAGAAGUCUCUCAGGCUGCCCGAUAGCUGCUGCAGAGAAGAUCUCCAAACCGCAGGAGGAUCCAGCAAAGUGCAGACAGAUGACAGAGAGGAUGACGAGACCUUUAGGAAACAUGAAGAAAUUUGACUUCACGUACAGAUUUGCACAUCCUAUGGCAGCGUUGCAGGCCAGCAUGGCCAAAGACAUGGACAAGUACACUAAAGGCCAUUUCGACUACGCCAGUUUUGACGCCCAGGUCUUUGGCAAGCAGGCUCAGAUGGCAUCCGACCAGAGUCACGAAUCUGCACACUUUCCUGACUCCACUCAGUUCCCCUGUUUUCUGGGUCCCGGAGGUCAUAUGAUCAUGGCCGGAGACAACAGCCCCAGUCGCCAUAAAGCCCAAAGCAACGCCCUCCAGUCCAACAUCGCAUCUGCAGCCAUCCUCAACCUCUCCACCCGUUGCCGAGACAACGGCGAGGUCCUGCCCCACAGCCGGCCCCUGGCAUCAUCCACAAAGGAUUCGCUAAUAGAGGUAGACGAGAAUGGAACGCUGGAUUUAAGUAUGAAGAAAAAGAGAGAAAAGGCGAGGGACUCUCCUGUGAUGCCGGCAUUAGGAGAUGUCCUUUUCACCCCACCUGAACCUUCUCUAGCCAAAGCAGCGGGUCUCCAGAUCUCCCCGGCCAUCUACCGCGUCCUCUACGAACAGGACGCCUGGGACACGCCGCUGAACUACAGCAAAACACCUGCGCAGGACUCUCCUGUGAUGCCGGCAUUAGGAGAUGUCCUUUUCACCCCACCUGAACCUUCUCUAGCCAAAGCAGCGGGUCUCCAGAUCUCCCCGGCCAUCUACCGCGUCCUCUACGAACAGGACGCCUGGGACACGCCGCUGAACUACAGCAAAACACCUGUGCAACAAGACAAAGAGAUGGAUCAGUUGGAUAAGGCGUCCCUCGAGGAUAAAGCGUACAACGGAGAUGUAAACAUGGCAAGUGCAAAAAACAAGAUGCUCAUAAGAGACAACAAGAAAGAGCUGAUGAGUUGUCCAACGCCAGGUUGUGAUGGUAGUGGUCAUGUGACAGGAAAUUAUGCAUCACAUAGAAGUGUAUCCGGUUGCCCAUUGGCCGAUAAGACCCUGAAAUCACUAAUGGCUGCUAGUUCUCAAGAGCUCAAGUGCCCAACUCCUGGCUGUGACGGCUCAGGUCAUGUGACAGGAAACUAUGCAUCUCAUAGGAGGUGCCCAGUGGCAGGUUGUGACAGUCAGGGCCACGUGUCGGGUAAAUACACGUCUCAUCGCAGCGCAGGAAGUUGCCCCAUCGCCACCAAACGGCAGAAGGAGAGCCCGGUGAACGGAUCGGCCUUCUCCUGGAAGCUCUGUAAACAGGAGCUUCCACACUGCCCUCUGCCCGGCUGCAACGGCUUGGGUCACGCCAACAACGUCUUCAUCACACACAGGAGUUUGUCAGGAUGUCCACUAAACGCCCAGAGUAUCAAGAAGAAACUCUCCGAUGAGGAGAUGAUGACCAUCAAACUCAAAACCAGCAGCGGUAUUGAAAACAAUGAAGACAUGCAGCACUUGGAUCACGAAAUAAAGGAGCUAAAUGAAUCCAAUCUGAAGAUAGAAGCAGACAUGAUGCAGCUCCAGACUCAGAUUUCAUCCAUGGAGUGCAACCUGAAGACUAUCGAGGAGGAGAAUAAAAUAAUCGAGCAGCACAACGACAGUCUGUUGAAGGAGUUAGCGCGUCUCAGUCAAGCACUUAUCAGCAGUCUCACAGAUAUCCAGCUGCCGCAAAUGGGUCCGAUAAAUGAACAGAACUUCGAAGCAUAUGUGAACACGUUGACGGAUAUGUACAACAAUUCAGAGCACGAGUAUUCACCAGAAUGCAAAGCCUUACUGGACAGCAUCAGACAGGCCAUCAAGGGCAUUCACGUAUAAGGCCAAACUCUCGUUCACAACCGUUUGAUUGUCCGCAGAGGGCUGGCUUUGUCAUCUGUGCAAAGAUACGUCUCGAUUAAUAAAAAAAAAAAGUAACUCCAUUCCAUGAUAAAUGCAUUGCACUGAAAAAUACCAGCCACAUUUUUACAGCUCAAUGUUCCUUUCAGUGAGAUUUUACCUCCUUUUGCACUUAUUUAUUUCCUAUGGUUUGCUUGACUUUAUUCCGUAUUGUUCUUUCGUGUGUUAUUAUAUUAUUGCUACAUAUUAUCUUUAUUCAUCGGUACUAUUUAUCUCACAGUAAUCUUAUUUAUUGAUUGAUUUAUUGCUAUCAUUUUUUGCUGCAACUCCAAAAUGCAAGGCCAGUCUUACAUAUUGUGAAUUUUAUUUUGCAUUUAUUGUACAAUAACUGGGCGUUUUAGUCGUUCAAAAUAUUUCACCGGCAUUUGUGAUGACUUUUUCUUCAUAACUGAUGUCAAAUGUAAGAAUAGUCCACUUUUGCCACCUGUUGGUGAGCAGCUGAACCGUACUGUAUGCAUCCCUGACUUUUUUUUUUUUUUAAUGUAGUUAAUGUAUGUCACUGAAAUGAUAUCAUUUGCUUUCAUGCAUAAAUUCUAAUAAGUGAGCAAAAAGAAAAACAUUUUAUCCGAGUAACUCUCCAAACGACUGUACAGUGAGCAAAAAUCAAAUCAUCCACACACACAAAA